GUUGGUGGAAGGCACUGCCAGGGGAGUGUUGAAACGUCACAGACUGAUGCAAAAAGGCCCGCAUCGAGAAGUCUACGACAUUGCAAAUAUCCAGGAAUUAUUAGAAGGAACUUUUUUUCAAAGGCUCUUCGAAUUAAUAGAAGUAUUACCGACCGUAAGAAGUAACGCCAUCCAGAGAGUCAAAAAAGCCCAAGAAAUUAUGAAAAGAAAACAU